AUGAGUAUUUUAGGUGGUCAUAAUGGUGGUUAUAGUGAUAGAGCCUCGACAUCGGCUUACUACCUCAAGAAGCCGCCUGAACUGUAUGAUAAUCCAUGUGAUUAUUAUUUCCUCAAUAUUCUAUUCGACACCACUAUCGGAAUUCCCAUUCUAUGGGGGUUACUCUAUGUGAUUUAUAGAUUGGCCCAGAAAUCGGGUAUAGAAGGAAUCGGUAGUGGAGAGUAUGGAUCUCCUGCCAAAAUAGGAAACUAUUUCAAACAGUUAGGACUCUACUUCGUUGGACUUCUUUCUAUGAAGCUUAUUAUAUAUAUAACCCUCAUCUUAUGUCCUUUCUUGGUUCAUUUUGCUGUCUGGAUACUCAGUUGGUCGGAUUCUAUUCCAAAUAUACAGGUUAUUUUCGUCAUGAUGAUUUUUCCAUUGAUUAUGAAUUCCUUCCAGUAUUAUGUUAUAGAUAACAUCAUCCAGAGUCCGCAGUAUUACAAGACCAAUAGGAAGGUUAUGGAAGAGGGUCUAGAAGGUAAUGAAUUUGACGGAAUACAGUCUGAUCACAACGAUAAUACUAAAUAA